CCACUUGUUUCCCUUUCUCCACGAUCAAUUUCGCUUCCUUAGAUCUGUUUCUCGAGCUUUGCCUUGUUUUCUCUGUUUGAUCGAUCUACUUGAAAAAUGGCAUCACACAUUGUUGGAUACCCACGCAUGGGCCCCAAGAGGGAGCUAAAGUUUGCCUUGGAGUCCUUUUGGGACGGAAAGAGCAGUGCUGAGGAUUUGCAGAAGGUGGCUGCUGACCUCAGGUCAUCAAUAUGGAAGCGGAUGGCUGAUGCCGAGAUCAAGUACAUUCCGAGCAACACGUUCUCUUACUACGACCAGGUUCUUGACACAACGGCAAUGCUUGGCGCAGUCCCUCCGAGAUACGGAUGGAAUGGUGGCGAAAUUGGGUUUGACGUUUACUUCUCCAUGGCCAGAGGAAAUGCCUCCGUCCCUGCUAUGGAAAUGACCAAGUGGUUUGACACCAACUACCAUUACAUCGUUCCUGAGUUGGGUCCGGAGGUGAAAUUCUCAUAUGCUUCUCACAAGGCUGUGACUGAGUACAAGGAGGCUAUGGCGCUUGGAGUAGAGACCGUUCCAGUUCUUGUUGGUCCCGUCUCAUACUUGUUGCUUUCUAAACCAGCUAAGGAUGUUGAGAAGUCAUUUUCUCUUCUAUCCCUUCUCAACAAAAUCCUUCCUGUGUACAAGGAAGUCAUCUCGGAACUCAAGCAAGCUGGUGCUACUUGGAUCCAAUUUGAUGAGCCACAACUUGUUAUGGAUCUUGAUGCUAAUAAGCUCAAAGCUUUCACUGAUGCCUAUGCAGAGCUUGAGUCAGCUCUCUCAGGCUUGAAUGUCCUCAUUGAGACAUACUUUGCUGAUAUCCCUGCUGAGGCUUACAAGACCAUUACUUCGUUGAAGGGUGUUACAGCAUAUGGUCUUGAUUUGGUCCGUGGAACCAAGAACCUUGAUUUGGUCAAGUCUGGUUUCCCAAAGGGCAAAUAUCUGUUCGCUGGUGUCGUUGAUGGAAGAAACAUUUGGGCCAAUGACCUCGCUUCCUCUCUUAAAACCUUGCAGGAGCUUGAGGGCAUUGCAGGGAAAGACAAGCUUGUUGUCUCCACCUCCUGCUCUCUUCUCCACACGGCUGUUGACCUAAUCAACGAGACGAAACUAGACAAUGAAAUCAAGUCAUGGCUUGCAUUUGCUGCCCAGAAAGUUAUUGAGGUUAACGCCUUGGCCAAGGCUUUGGAUGGUCAUAAGGAUGAGGCCUUCUUCUCUGCUAAUGCCGAGGCUCAAGCUUCGAGGAAAUCCUCCCCAAGGGUUACCAACGAGGCUGUUCAAAAGGCUGCUGCUGCUUUGAAGGGUUCCGACCACCGCCGAGCAACAAACGUUAGCGCUAGACUCGAUGCUCAGCAGAAGAAACUGAACCUCCCGAUCCUCCCAACGACAACGAUCGGGUCUUUCCCUCAGACAGUUGAACUCCGGAGAGUCCGCCGUGAAUACAAGGCUAAGAAGAUCUCUGAGGAGGACUACAUCAAGGCCAUUAAGGAGGAGAUCAAGAAGGUUGUCGACCUUCAAGAAGAGUUGGACAUAGAUGUUCUUGUCCAUGGAGAGCCCGAGAGAAAUGAUAUGGUUGAGUACUUUGGAGAACAAUUGUCUGGUUUUGCUUUCACCGUCAAUGGUUGGGUGCAAUCCUAUGGAUCUCGAUGCGUGAAGCCUCCGAUCAUCUAUGGAGACGUGAGCCGACCUAAACCAAUGACCGUCUUCUGGUCCUCAACUGCUCAGAGCAUGACUUCUCGUCCGAUGAAGGGAAUGCUUACGGGUCCUGUCACCAUCCUUAACUGGUCCUUUGUCCGAAACGACCAACCUAGGCAUGAAACUUGCUACCAGAUCGCCUUGGCAAUCAAGGACGAAGUGGAGGAUCUGGAGAAGGCCGGGAUUAACGUGAUUCAGAUCGAUGAGGCCGCUCUGAGAGAAGGAUUGCCCCUCAGGAAAUCCGAGCAAGCUUUCUACUUAGACUGGGCCGUCCACUCCUUCAGGAUCACCAAUGUCGGUGUCCAGGACACCACCCAGAUCCAUACCCACAUGUGUUACUCAAACUUCAACGACAUCAUCCAAUCCAUCAUUGACAUGGACACCGACGUCAUAACCAUCGAGAAUUCUCGAUCAGACGAGAAGCUCCUUUCGGUGUUCAGAGAGGGAGUGAAAUACGGAGCAGGGAUCGGCCCGGGAGUGUACGAUAUCCAUUCCCCGAGGAUACCGUCGACGGAGGAAAUGGCGGAGAGGAUCAACAAGAUGCUGGCGGUGUUGGAGAAGAACAUAUUGUGGGUGAAUCCAGAUUGUGGUCUCAAGACUCGAAAGUACACUGAAGUGAAGCCUGCCCUCAAGAACAUGGUUGAUGCUGCCAAGCUUAUCCGUUCUCAGCUUGCUUCUGCCAAGUGAAGACACCACUCAAGCUUCUUCUUCGAAGGGAGGGUUUCUUUUUUGGAUGAAUAACUCGUUUUCCUUAGUUUUUUUUUAUAAUAAUUUUUGGGAAUGUAUUAAUUUUGUUUGGAGGGAAUUUAAGGGGUCGGAAACACCGUACCAUUAAUAUAUGAUGUUCAUCAAUAUCAAUUAAUCAU